UAAAAGCCGGUCGUCACCGGCGAUCGGUUUCAGAGUUAACCUCAGGCGACUUGGUGUAGCAUCAACGGAUUGAUUGGAAUCGUGUUGGGUAAACAGAUCGUAAACGGAAAAAUAAAACCAAAACAAACAGAACGUGAAAAGUGCAAAUAGAAAACGAAAUCGAAAAUUGUCAGCGAAAUGGAUGCCAAGGAGUUUCGGGAAUUUGGCAAGGCGGCCGUUGACUUUAUGGCCGACUAUCUGGAGAAUAUUCGGGAUAACGAUGUGCUGCCCACCGUGGAACCGGGCUAUCUUCUGGACCUGGUGCCCUCGGAGAUGCCGGAGAAGCCCGAGUCGUGGAAAGAAGUCCUCGAGGACAUUAAUCGCGUGAUCAAGCCGGGUCUCACCCACUGGCAGUCGCCCAAUAUGCACGCCUACUAUCCCACUGCCACCUCGUAUCCCUCCAUUGUGGGUGAGAUGCUGGCCAGCGGGUUCGGCAUCAUCGGAUUCAGCUGGAUCUGCAGUCCCGCCUGCACAGAACUGGAGGUGGUGGUCAUGGACUGGCUGGCCAAGUUCCUGAAGCUGCCCGCUCACUUCCAGCACGCCAGCGAAGGACCCGGCGGAGGUGUGAUUCAGGGAUCGGCCAGCGAGGCGGUCCUGGUGGCUGUUCUGGCGGCCAGGGAACAGACGGUGGCCAGCUACAGGGAGUCCCAUCCGGAGCUCAGCGAAAGCGAGGUGCGCGGUCGCUUGGUGGCCUACUCCUCGGAUCAGAGUAACAGUUGCAUUGAGAAGGCGGGCGUUCUGGCUGCCAUGCCCAUUCGUUUGCUCCCAGCUGGAGAGGAUUUCGUACUCAGAGGCGAGACACUGAAGCAGGCCAUCUUGGAGGAUGUGGCGGCCGGCAGGAUUCCGGUGAUCUGCAUUGCCACCCUGGGCACCACGGGCACUUGUGCCUACGACGACAUCGAAACCUUGUCCGCCGUCUGCGAGGAGUUCAAGGUGUGGCUCCAUGUGGACGCCGCCUAUGCCGGCGGAGCCUUUGCCCUGGACGAAUGCUCGGACCUUCGAAAGGGUUUGGAUCGUGUGGACUCGCUGAACUUCAACCUGCACAAGUUCAUGCUGGUCAACUUCGAUUGCUCGGCCAUGUGGCUGCGGGAUGCCAACAAGGUGGUCGAUAGCUUCAAUGUGGAUCGCAUUUACCUGAAGCACAAGCACGAGGGUCAGUCGCAGAUUCCCGAUUUCAGGCACUGGCAAAUCCCGCUGGGUCGUCGCUUCCGGGCUCUCAAAGUUUGGAUCACUUUCCGCACCCUGGGAGCCGAGGGUUUGAGGAAUCAUGUGCGCAAACACAUCGAGUUGGCCAAACAAUUCGAGCAACUGGUGAUCAAGGACUCGCGCUUUGAACUGGUUGCUCCUCGAGCCCUGGGUUUGGUCUGCUUCCGUCCCAAGGGCGGCAAUGAGGUGACCACCCAGCUGCUUCAGCGCCUCAUGGAUCGCAAGAAGAUCUACAUGGUUAAGGCCGAACAUGCGGGGCGUCAGUUUCUCCGAUUCGUUGUGUGCGGCAUGGAUACUAAAGACUCCGAUAUUGACUAUGCCUGGACGGAGAUCGAGUCCCAACUGACGGAUCUGCAGGCGGAGCAAUCUCUGAUGGCCCGCAAGGCCGGAAACGUGGCCGAUCUUACGCAGCACUUCCAGAUCCAUCUGACCAACGAUAAUGCAACGCACGAGAAGUCUCAGUGAGAGAAGCGAUGAAACUAUUUAUGUUUAGGUUGUCCUUAGUUCGCAUUGUAGUUAGUAGCUUAACACAAGUUUAAAAAUAAAGUGAAAAGUUAAAAGAUA